AUGAGACAUAUCUUCACAAUUCUCGGCCUUGUCCUUCCGGCCUUGAUCUUCCUCCAUCUCCUUGUUGCGCCGUACACCAAAGUCGAAGAGUCCUUCCACGUCCAGGCCACCCACGACAUACUCGUACACGGAUUCCCCGUACAUGUUCUGAACGUUGACCGCACCAAUUAUGACCACUUCGCUUUCCCGGGAGCUGUGCCUCGGUCGGCUAUCGGUGCUGCCAUCCUUGCUAAGCUGUCGCGACCCAUCAUUGCCUUGAGUAAUGCAAUCAAUCCGCCCGGCAUAGCUGGCGGCGGCCUCUACACCAAUGGCACCAAUCGUUCUAACCUGUCCGAAGCUGCUCUACCGACUGGUAUUGAGGUAGCACUGACAAAAUUGUCAAGAUACUUACCUACGUUGAGCGAGGCAGUUGAUCGGCAGAUCCUCACUCGAGCUAUUCUAGGCCUGUACAAUGCAGCUGCACUGCUCGUGUACGCACACGGUGUCCGACGAAGCUUCGGAUUCGUUGUAGCAACAUGGUAUUUGGCCUUCCAAGCAAGCCAAUUUCACCUCAUCUACUAUGCCUCGCGGCCACUAUCCAACAUGUUCGCUUUCGGGCAGACAACCCUGGCCAUGCGAUUUCUUCUCCCAGAUUCCAUACUACCCAUGGGUCGACCCGGUAGUAGCCGUCUGUCACUGAUACUGCUCACCAUGGCAGGCGUGAUAUUCCGCUCGGAACUAGCUGUGCUAGUCGCGACACAGACGCUAUUCCUGCUCAUCACUCGCCAAGCCAGAUUCUUCCAAGAUGCGGUCUACGCAGGUAUUGUCGGUCUCUUCACCGCUCUCACAGCUACUGUGAUUACUGAUUCGUUCUUCUGGGAUCGUCUCGUAUGGCCGGAGCUGGAUGCAUUCCUAUUCAAUGUUGUCUCGGGCCAGUCGUCCGAAUGGGGAACGGAUCCUUGGUAUUCCUAUUUCUUGAAUGCGCUUCCUCGCCUUCUUAUGAAUCCCUUGACAUACCUCGUCGCUCUUCCCGUUGCGCUGCGCCAGCCCGCAACUCGGCAGCCGGCGAUCGCAUUGCUCGUGCCUUCUCUCGCCUUCGUCGCCUUGUACAGCAUCAUCCCCCACAAAGAGUGGCGCUUCAUAAUCUAUGUCGUUCCGUCUCUCACUACUGCAGCUUCGCUCGGCGCCGGAUAUCUCUGGAAUCACCGCCAGCGCUCUGUUUUCGCUCGCAUCGCUUCUCACGCCUUGGUACUUUCCACGCUGGCAACAUUCCUCCUUUCGAAUCUUGUGCUCCUCCCAGCCUCGGCCGCCAACUAUCCCGGCGCAUAUGCUCUUGAUGCACUGCACCGUUACCAUGACCAGGUGGCAGAUGGAAAUGCCAAUGGAGCUUCCGUCUAUCUCGGCAAUCUGGCGUGCCAAACAGGCAUUACGCGAUUCUUGGAACAACCCGCUGCACUGGGCUGGCACUAUGAUAAAACCGAGGAUGAAGCUACCAAGUCCUUGAGUGUCUUCUGGGAUCAAUUUGAUUACAUUCUUGUGGAGGCGUCUGCGGAUCCUGAUUAUAAGGACAGCGAUGAGACUCAAUUGCGAAUCGCGCUUCCUGAUUCUCAUUGGGACACAGCUGACACCAUCGAUGGCUUCGCUGGUAUUUCCAUUGUGAGACCCGGAUCUCCGGCGGAUGGGACUACUGAACGCAAGCUCCUAUCUGUGAUAGGGGGCCAACGCGCAGUGAACUUAUACGAGCAAGUUCGGGAUGCGCUUCGCAAAGUCGUGUUGCGAGGAUGGUGGGUUGAGUUGAAGAUGCAGCCGAAGCUCAAGGUUUUGAAAAGGGUUCAGAGGCAUUAA